AAUCAAGAUCAUAGUGAACCCUAACCCAUCACGCAGGCAGCUAUAAAACCUUAUCAUCUGUCUAAAGGGAUUCUAAGCGGCUCUUCUCCUCACAAGCUCUGGCACUCUAGGGUUUUCAGAACGCUAUCAGAAUGGUGAACGUUCCCAAGACGAAGAAAACAUACUGCAAGAGCAAGGAGUGCCGAAAGCACACUUUACAUAAGGUCACACAGUACAAGAAGGGCAAGGAUAGUCUUGCUGCACAAGGGAAGAGGCGUUAUGAUCGGAAGCAGUCAGGUUAUGGAGGUCAGACAAAGCCCGUUUUCCACAAGAAGGCCAAAACUACUAAGAAGAUUGUUCUGAGGCUGCAAUGUCAAGGUUGCAAGCAUGUAUCUCAGCAUCCAAUUAAGAGAUGCAAGCAUUUUGAGAUUGGUGGAGACAAGAAGGGAAAGGGAACUUCUCUUUUCUAAAUGCUAUUUUAUGGAUAUGUUUUUUGGAUGUGUUUCAUUGUUAAGAACUUUGCUGGAACUGGGAUGAUCCUAGAGUUUUUGUUCUGACUUCAUUUUGUUGGUUAUCUUGUUAUUUCUAGACAUCUACUACUAGUUUAUUAUUUUAAUUUACUCAAUAGCAAUCAACUUUUAGUCA